AGGACUGAUAGUGAACUCCUAAUCACAAUGAUUGCAUUUAUUCUUUUGACCAUUUUGCCUGUUUUACCAGUUUUGCUUUAUUGGGGAAAUCCUUAUUUUCUGGAAGAUUUGAAAUGUGUAAUCAGAGAAAUUCAGAUUAGGCGAGAAUUUGGCAAAAUCCUGAAGAAUUUCUUCAGUCUUGUGGACUGUUUUCUGGACCAAGUGAAGAAGCAUCCCCAGAAAACCUUCCUGGUGUUUGAGGACAGCUCCUACACCUACAGCCAGGCCGACAGAGAGAGCAACAAAGUAGCCAGAGCUCUGCAGACGCACACGCACCUGAAGGAGGGGGACACGGUGGCCCUGUUCCUGGGAAACGAGCCCCAGUUCGUGUGGGUCUGGCUCGGGCUGGCCAAACUGGGCUGUGUGGCAUCUCUGCUGAACACCAACAUCAGAUCCAAGUCUCUGCUUCACUGCUUCUCCUGCUGCGAAGCCAAAGUCCUCAUCACUGGAGCCGAACUGCGAGGAGCUGUAGAGGAGGUGCUGCCGGCCCUGAGGGAGCAGGGUGUCCGUGUGUUUCUCCUCAGUGAGAGCUGUGAUGUAGAGGGCAUGGAGAGCCUCUCUGACCACAUCCAGCAGGCCUCAGAUCAGCCUCUGUCUCCACAGCUGAAGGCCAACAUGAACUUUAAAACUCCAGCGUUAUAUAUCUACACCUCAGGGACCACAGGACUUCCCAAGGCAGCUGUUGUUAUCCACCAGAAGUUAUGGAGGGCAUCUCUCAUUGCUUCUAAUGUUGGUGUUCAUUCCAACGAUGUCCUUUACUUAAACAUGCCGCUGUACCACAGUGCAGGCUUCAUGUUGGGACUCUGUGGAGCCAUAGAAAGAGGCUGCACUGUUGUUCUGAGGCGCAAGUUCUCUGCUUCCAACUUCUGGAACGACUGCAGGAAGUACAACGUGACUGUCAUUCAGUACAUAGGAGAGACCAUGCGUUACCUGUGCAACAUGCCAAAGAGGGACAACGACAAGGACCAUAAGGUGCGACUGGCUGUGGGGAACGGAAUAAGGGCCGACACCUGGACAGAGUUCCUGGAGCAAUUUGGGAACGUCCGGAUCUGUGAAUUCUAUGGAGCGACAGAAUCCAAUGUUGCCUUUGUAAACUAUACUGGAAAAGUUGGAGCUAUUGGCAGGGAGCAUUUCCUCCACAAAUUAAGAAACCCGUAUGCCCUGAUAGAGUAUGACACAGAGACAGAGGAGCCCAUCAGAGACUCAAGAGGAUUCUGCAUUAAAGUCCCAAAAGGAGAGACAGGUUUGCUGGUGGCAAAGAUCGGAGUAAGAACGCCUUUCUUUGGAUAUGCCAAGAACGAGCAGCAGACAGAGAGGAAGAAGCUGAAGGACGUGUUUGAGAAGGGAGACGUCUACUUUAACAGUGGAGAUCUGUUAAGGAUCGACAACGAGGGAUUUAUUUACUUUCAGGAUCGGAUUGGAGACACUUUCAGGUGGAAGGGAGAAAAUGUGGCGACCACAGAGGUGGCUGAUCUUUUGCUGACAGUGGACUUUGUUGAGGAGGCUAACGUCUACGGGGUGAAGGUGCCAGGGUAUGAAGGAAGAAUUGGAAUGGCAGCUCUGACGCUGAAAGAAAACGUGGAUUUUGACAACAAAUUAAUUUAUCAGCACGUCAAAAACUACCUCCCGAGCUACGCCAGGCCACGCUUCAUACGUAUACAGGAUGCUCUGCCGGUGACUGGAACGUUUAAACAGCUGAAGAAAAAGCUUUCUGCAGAGGGUUUCAACCCCAACGUCAUCCAGGACCCUUUAUUCUUCCUGGAGGACAACGAAGGCUACGUCUCCAUGAGCCAGGAAAUAUUCAGCUCCAUCUCAGAAGGAACACUCAGGCUCUGAAGGACUGCAGUGGACUGUCAAGUCCUGCUUUUAACGUCAUACAAGAUGCUUAUAGAACAUUUAUUUUAUA